AUGAGUCGGUGGUGUCGCUGUUUGUCGCGAAAACGCAGCAAUUUACAGAGACGCAUGCUCUUCCAGGAACAAUUUGAGUGUAUAAAAGCCGUGUAUCCAGGCACCAGCUACGUGUGUUUAUUGGAUGGUGAUAGUGGUGACAUGAUAGCACAAUCAGAGACGACGGAGGUGAAUACGGACGAGUUUACACGCACGAUUAUCAACCUCAAGGACGCAGCACUGCAGUUUGCGGCGACACUGAAUCAAAUUGAUCCGCAGGUGGUGCAUGUGAGAGGAGCACAGGGCAUGUUUUCCUGUUAUGGAUCUGCGCAUAUGAUUCUGGCCUUUUACAGUGAGAUACCGGGUGUGGACUUGGAGCUGUUCGAUUGCUUCGAGGCCGACAAGAAUAUCGAGCCGAUUACAGGGGAAUUGCAUCGAAUUUUAGACGCUAGUCAAAGUAACAAACAGCGGUAG